CACCGGAAACGUUUCAAAAUGACAAUGAGCAAACUGCACGUCGUACAGCAGGACCUUAUUGCAGCCAUCCGCGCAGCAUUCCAAGUGGCUGUGGACUCGGCUGUCCGAGAUGUGAUGGGACUUGUCGGCAAGGCGACGAGUAGCAUCUGCGAGGAUCUACGGAGAGAAAACGAGUCUUUGAAAGAACAAUUGGAGCGAGCCGCGGUAGACCUCAACCGAAGUGUUGGUCUUCCUGUUUUAAGGCUUCCACUUUCUGCCUCCGAUCCCACUAAUCGACUCCUGCCUCACAUCGGCCCGAGAACAGAUGGAGAAGACAUGUGGAGGAUGGACACGGGUGGAUGUUCCACCGCCAAAGUGGACCAUGAGACCCGUGACGACAUGCAUAGGUCGGACUGUGCUGAAGAGACACACAGUGAUGCAUGUUUCACUCAAGAAGAGCUGUCCAAUGCAUGUGUGGUGAAGGUAGAACGCCUAAACCCACUCUGCCAGUACCAACCACACCACCAAACACCAACGCCUUGCGCUGCAGACAGCGCCAUAGUGGAGGAAAUGACCUUAAAGAAGGAGAGUCCAGAAGAGACGAGGGAUGCAUCACCUCCAUCAAUGGAUUCACUGCAAGUGGACGACUUAAGCACAGAGUGUUUGUCCACCGUCCGGUCAACUUUAUUGCAUGAGUGGAUUGCAGAAGCGCAGGAUUUUCAGCACCAGAACUCACAACAAAAUUUUCUACCAAACGCGGAGGGCUCUUCACUUCUUUUCGGAGAUCAUUCCCAUAGCGACCAUCUCAACAACAAUAACCGCAUCUAUACAUGCAAGCCAUGCAACAGGUCUUUCCAGAAGCCCAGUGAGCUGCUGCUCCACUCCAACCAUUGCCAACAGAAGACACUCGCGAGCAGAAAACGGGCCAACAUGCACCGUUACCCACCUGGAAGCAGUCCUUUCCACUGCCCAGAGUGCAAACGAGAGUUCAACCGCAGGGAAAACCUCAUGACCCACCUUCGCAUCCACACGGGGGAAAGGCCUUUCACCUGCUCGGUCUGCUUGAAGUGUUUCCGUCACUCCGGUGCGCUCACCAGGCACUUCCGGAUCCACACCGGUGAGAAGCCGUAUAUAUGUGGACAGUGUGGGAAGUCCUUCAGGAACGGUGGAGGGCUCAAAUUCCACCAGCGCAUACACAACACAUAACUGAGUGGUAUCCACAAGCGUGUAGAACAGUAUGUUGCUAUGUUUCAAUGUUUUUUUUACUCAUUACAUCAUUUUUCAUGCCUACAUUCACAAUAGUCAAAAUGAAAUGUUGGUAACACUUUAGUAUGGGAAACAUAUUCACCAUUAAUUAGUUGCUUAUUAAAGUAUCAAAGACUUAAUUUAGAGUUAUUUGGACACUAGGGGAACAUAUAAUGGUUUGAUUGAUUGAUUGAUCGAAACUUGUAUUAGUAGAUUGCACAGUACAGUACAUAUUCCGUACAAUUGACCACUAAAUGGUAACACCCGAAUAAGUUUUUCAACUUGUUUAAGUCGGGGUCCACUUAAAUCGAUUCAUGGUACAGAUAUAUACUAUCAUCAUAAUGCAGUCAUCACACAAGUUAAUUAUCAGAGUAUAUACAUUGAAUUAUUUACAUUAUUUACAAUCCAGGAUGUGGAGGUGGGGAACGGGUUAGGGUUACUAAUAAGCAAUAAUUCUGAGGUUAUUGAGGGAAGACUCUUAGUUAAUGGCUUACUGGUUGUAUAAUAAGGCCAUGCAGAAUAUGGCAUUAAUAAGUACUUAAUAAUGACUAAUUAAGAGCCAAUAUGUUACUAAUUUGCAUGUUAAUAAGCAACUAAUUAAUGGUGAAUAUGUGUUCCCCAUACUAAAGUGUUACCGAAAUGUUUAAUUGUGCUCACUGCUCAUCAUCAGUGGAAAUACUAACACAAAUGAUUGAUAAUGUUGUGUGAUUGGCCUAAAUGCAUCCUGUAUUUUGAGUUUCAGUGUAAUUUAUGAAUAAUGUUAGGAUAAUAUUUUGUAACCAUGGGACAGAAUGAAUUGCACAAGAAGUCUCACUGGUUGUGCAGUACAUUAUGAUCAAGGACAUAACAAUGAAUACACCCUGUGUUUUCUGCCUUUGCAAAUACACACACAUUGUAUCUUAUUUAGGUUGAUACAACGUUGAAUAUACAUACACGUCCUUUAUAAUUGACUUUGAAACCACUUUGCAAAUUAGGUGUAUUUGUAAAUUGGUACAACAUUGAUGUCCCAACGUUGGAUCCAUGUUGUUUGGGAAAUUACCAGAUUUCCACUGUCUAGCCAACGUCACAACCUGACAUUGAAUAAACGUUGUUAAAAAGCA